UUACAAGCUGACAAGCUUUACUUUCAUAAAUUUUGUAAUUCCUUUUUGUUGUUUCGUUCGGUUCGCGUUACAUUCAAUUUCGUGACUAAGGAAAAGGCACGACAAUAAUGACAACUCGUGACACGCACAACAUUUGAAUAUGUUGGCGAGGUGGCAACGCCGUAUAACAGCUGUUUUGUUUGCUUGUUCUUUUUGUCUUUUGUUUGUUAAGUGUUCCGAUCACAGUUUAGUGUGUGUGUGUGUGUGCGUAUUUUGUAAUUCCAAUUGGUUAAGUUAUGUCUAAAACGAAAUAUGGCGGCGCUCCCUGGCGCCAGCGAGACUACAACUAUGGUGAGGGCAUCAUUGGUCUGCACGAGGAAAUCGAGCAUUUCUCUCAAUACAUUCUGCCCACGCCGGUGGAGCAUGGAGUGCGCAACGAUCUGGUGAAGCGUUGUGCCAGUGUAGUGAAUGCUCUCUGGCCCGAGGCUGUGGUGGAAAUCUUUGGCAGCUUUCGCACGGGACUGUUUCUGCCCAGCGCGGAUAUCGAUUUGGUGGUGCUGGGUCGCUGGGACAGACUGCCGCUGCGCACUUUGGAAGCGGAGCUGGUGAGUUGCGGCAUUGCUGAAAGCUCCAGCAUACGCGUCUUGGAUAUGGCCGCAGUGCCAAUUAUAAAGUUUACCGAUCGUCUGAGCAAAAUCAAAGUGGAUUUAUCCUUUAACAUUGCCAAUGGCGUACAGUCUGCCGAGCUAAUCAAAAUGUUUAAGCGCGACUUUCCAGGCUUGGGCAAUCUGGUGCUGGUGCUGAAGCAAUUUCUGCUGCAGCGUGGACUCAACGAGGUCUUCACAGGCGGCAUUUCCUCCUAUUCGCUUAUACUCAUGUGCAUUAGCUUUUUGCAAUUGCAUCCACGCAAUAAUUUCCAUAGCAAUAUCAAUCUGGGCGUGCUGCUGUUGGAGUUCUUUGAGCUCUACGGACUGCGCUUCAACUACGCGCAGCUGGGCAUUUCGAUAAGAAAUGGUGGCUCCUAUGUGCUGCAACGCAUCAGAUCGCCACUUUGCAUAGAGGAUCCACUGCAGCCGAGCAACGAUAUAGGACGCAAUAGCUUUGGCAUUGUAGCCAUUAAACAAGCCUUUCAGUUUGGCUAUCGUGUGCUUAGCCAGGCUGUGAAUCCUGCCAACAAUGUAGCCUGCAAUGAGUCUAUACUAGGCCGCAUCAUCUUCAUCUCCGAUGAAGUCAUCGACUAUCGCGCUUGGCUAAGCGAGCAGUUUGCUCAUUUAAUUGUCAUCGAAUCCAUUUCACCGCUUAGCGCUCAAAUCACCAGCACUGCCAGCUAUAUCAUCAAGCCCAAUGGCAAUGUGGAGCAGCCAAAGCCGCUGCCCUUGAUCCUGCAACCAAAUCAGUUGCCACCAAAGCAAAUGGAUAAACUCUGCAACAGCGAAGCCUUCAUCUUGCUUGCCAACAACAACUCCUAGGGCUCCAGAAAUGUGUUUACGUUCACUGUUUAUUUUAUUAUGCAUGGUAAACAAUUAUUAUUAUAUAUAUGCAUAUAUAUUUAG